ACUCAGUCGUGCGCGCGUCAAACAGGACGAUUACGGCGGACACUGCCUGUCGCCUUGUGUGUGUGUGUGUGUGUGUGUGUUUGCUUUCGUCACGGGGUGGACAAAAUGGAAAACGCAGAGCGACACCGUUACCGACACUGACACCGAGACACUGAAACACCGAAGACAGCGAUAUCCCGAAACGGAACGGAGACACGGAAAUAAAGACGACGAUGGGUCUGCGUCUGACCGAAUCUCUGAUUUUGAUGCCGAGAGUUCAGUGAUAAAACAAAGGGCAAGCACCCGGAACGGGAUCCAAUCCGAUCCGCUCGCCCCCGUUGCCCCUUGACACUUUUUUUUUUGUGGCAUUACGUGAUAAUAAAGUAGCGGCAAUCAUUUUUGAAAACUGUGGGCCACGGCUUAUGCAAAUUUUGUAAAAAGUCUGUUAAGAGCCAAUUCUCAAAAAAUCGCUCUCUGUCCCAAAAAAAAAAAAAGAAAAUACCACAAAAAAAGAAGUUAGGCCGCAAAAGCCGCCAUUUAACUGUAACGUUGUGUGCGACCAAUAAUAAAAAAAAAAACAAAAAAAAACGCAAAGAAGACCAAAGAAAGCCCAAGAAAAAAAGACAUCCCAAGGAGCAUUGUCCGCAAAUGAACAGCGAAUGCGAGAAGAAGCAGCAGCAUGGCCUGCUUUUUUAGAACCCAAACUCGGCAAAUGCCGCAGCAGCAGCAGCAGCAGCAGCAAAAGGAUCAAAAAUUCCAGCGACGACAGUAGCAGCAACAGCAACUUAGUGCAGCAACAACAGAAAUUAGGCAAAAGCAAGAAGAACCAGUAGAACCCGAAAUAGCGGAAGACUCUGGCCAUAGGCAGUGAGCAGGAAGGCAGGCAACAAUAAGGGGCAGGACAGCAGCAAGCAACAACAAGGAGGGGCACAUCUAAACAGACGGCUGCAAAAUGCGCCACGGCUUAAAGUUGAGCUGCCUUUGGCCAAGCUUUUUAUUAUGGCUAACAUGGAGCCAAGGCAGCAGCAGCAGCCACAGCAGCAGUAGAGGAGCAGGAAUUGGAGGAGUCAGCGCACAGCCAUCAUUAACCGAGAAAAUCCCAUUAGGUGCCAUUUUUGAGCAGGGAACGGAUGAGGUGCAAUCGGCCUUCAAGUAUGCGAUGCUCAAUCACAAUUUAAAUGUCUCCUCCAGAAGAUUCGAGCUGCAGGCCUAUGUGGAUGUGAUCAACACAGCGGAUGCCUUCAAACUAUCGCGACUUAUUUGCAAUCAAUUCUCGAGGGGCGUCUACUCAAUGCUGGGGGCCGUCUCCCCGGACUCUUUUGACACCCUGCACUCCUAUUCGAAUACCUUUCAGAUGCCCUUCGUCACGCCCUGGUUCCCCGAGAAGGUGCUUACGCCAUCGUCUGGCUUUCUCGACUUUGCCCUCAGCAUGCGACCGGAUUACCAUCAGGCAAUCAUUGAUACCAUACAAUUUUAUGGCUGGCGCAAGAUAAUUUAUCUAUACGAUUCACACGAUGGCCUCCUGCGCCUGCAGCAAAUUUAUCAGGGCCUGAAGCCCGGUAACGAGUCCUUUCAAGUGGAGCUGGUCAAGCGCAUAUCCAAUGUCAGCAUGGCCAUAGAGUUCCUGCACACGCUGGAGCAACUCGGACGCUUCACUAGCAAGCACAUCGUCCUCGACUGUCCCACGGAAAUGGCCAAACAAAUACUUAUCCAGCAUGUGCGCGAUUUGCGCUUGGGACGUCGCACCUAUCACUAUUUGCUGAGUGGUUUGGUCAUGGACGAUCGCUGGGAGAGUGAGAUAAUCGAAUUUGGGGCCAUUAACAUUACGGGCUUUCGCAUUGUGGAUACCAAUCGGCGGCUGGUGCGCGAUUUCUACGACAGUUGGAAGCGACUGGACCCACAGAUGAGUGUGGGGGCUGGCCGUGAAUCGAUUUCGGCCCAGGCUGCUCUCAUGUACGAUGCUGUGUUCGUUCUGGUCGAGGCGUUCAAUAAAAUCCUGCGCAAGAAACCGGAUCAAUUCAGGAACAAUGUGCAGCAGCGUCGCAGCCAGAAUCUAAUGGUAGCCCAGGCCGCUGCUUCGACGUCCAGCGAUGGUUACAACAAUUACAACAGCAAUAAUGCCAAUAGCAGUACCCACAGCGGUGGUGGAGGUGGCGGCGGCGGUGCUGGUGGCAUCGAUUCUGGAUCCAAUGGUGCCUCCACGUCGUCGCGAGCAUUGGACUGUAAUACGGCGAAGGGUUGGGUGAAUGCCUGGGAGCAUGGUGAUAAAAUAUCGCGUUAUUUGAGAAAGGUGGAAAUCGAGGGUCUUACUGGUGACAUCAAAUUCAAUGAUGACGGCAGACGCAUCAAUUACACAUUGCAUGUUGUCGAGAUGACAGUAAACAGUGCCAUGGUAAAAGUGGCCGAGUGGAAUGACGAUGCCGGCCUGCAGCCACUGAAUGCCAAGUAUGUGCGUUUGCGUCCGCAUGUGGAGUUUGAGAAGAAUCGCACAUACAUAGUGACCACUGUACUGGAGGAGCCGUACAUAAUGCUGAAGAAGGCGGCCUUUGGCGAGAAGUUGCACGGCAAUGAACGCUUCGAGGGCUAUUGCAAGGAUCUCGCCGAGUUGCUCUCCAAGGAAUUGGGCAUUAAUUAUGAACUCCGUUUGGUCAAGGAUGGCAAUUACGGUUCAGAGAAGUCAAAGACCCACGGCGGAUGGGAUGGAAUGGUGGGGGAGCUGGUGCGCAAGGAAGCGGAUAUUGCGAUUGCCGCCAUGACGAUUACCGCCGAACGCGAACGUGUCAUCGACUUUAGCAAGCCGUUCAUGUCGCUGGGCAUUUCAAUCAUGAUUAAGAAGCCAGUGAAGCAGACGCCCGGAGUGUUCAGCUUCAUGAAUCCUUUAUCACAGGAAAUUUGGGUGAGCGUCAUCUUCAGCUACAUUGGAGUGAGCAUUGUGCUGUUUUUUGUGUCACGCUUCUCGCCACAUGAAUGGCGUCUCGUGCAACAGCAGCCGCAACAAUCACAGCCGUCAGAUCCGCAUGCACAUCACGAACAACUUGCCAAUCAGCAGCCGCCCGGCAUCAUUGGAGGUGCAACCGGACCGAUGGCAGUGCCGGCCAUGCCCCCCGGCCCGCCCACACCCGGGGCACAGUCGGCAGCCGGUGCCGCUGCCCUGCAGGCGGCGAUCUCCGCGUCCGCUGCUUCUGCCUCCGUUUCGGUGUCCAGUGGGUCAUCGACAUCGGCAGUGAAUGAGUUCAGCAUUUGGAACAGCUUCUGGUUCUCAUUGGCCGCCUUCAUGCAGCAGGGAUGUGAUCUGUCGCCCCGUUCCGUUUCGGGGCGGAUUGCGGCCGCCUCCUGGUUCUUCUUCACUUUGAUACUCAUCUCCUCGUACACAGCCAAUCUGGCGGCAUUCCUCACCGUCGAGCGCAUGGUGACGCCGAUUAAUUCGGCUGAGGACCUGGCCAUGCAGACGGAGGUCCAGUAUGGCACUCUGUUGCAUGGCUCCACCUGGGAUUUCUUUAGGCGCUCCCAAAUCGCACUACACAACAAAAUGUGGGAAUAUAUGAACUCCCGGCCGAACGUCUUUGUGCAUACGUACGACGAGGGUAUCAAACGCGUGCGCACCUCCAAGGGCAAGUAUGCUUUGCUGGUGGAGUCGCCAAAAAAUGAAUAUGUAAACGCCAGGGAGCCAUGCGACACAAUGAAAGUGGGCCGCAAUCUGGAUACAAAGGGAUUUGGCAUUGCCACGCCGCUCGGCUCUGCCCUCAAGGAUCCCAUCAAUCUGGCCGUCCUAACGCUCAAGGAGAACGGCGAGCUGAUCAAGUUGCGCAACAAAUGGUGGUACGACAAAACGGAAUGCAAAACGGACGGCCAGGAGGCCUCGCACAAUGAACUCUCGCUGAGCAAUGUGGCCGGUAUAUUCUACAUAUUGAUUGGCGGCCUUCUAGUCUCCGUGCUGGUGGCCAUUCUAGAGUUUUGUUUCCGUCGAAAGGAUGGCCGUUCCUCGGGCGGCGGCGGCUCCAACGGGCAUGGUCCUAUGGGCAUUGCCAUUGGCAGUGCGAUGGGCGUCGGCGGCAGCCUGGGCAAGGCCAAUGGCUCUAUGAUGCUGCAUGGACAGAAUAGCGGGGGAGUGCCGGGCGUAAUGCCGCCGUCCACACAUCAAAGAAGUUCCCUGACGGACACAAUGCAUUCGAAGGCGAAAUUGACUAUCCAAGCGAGCCGCGACUAUGACAAUGGACGCGUCGGGUAUCUCAAUUGCGCCUCGUUGCAGUAUUAUCCACCCGCACAGCUUUCAUCGAACCAGGGCGCCGAUGGCGGCGUCGAGGCCCUGCACAUGAAUGCUCAUGGCCAGGUUUGACAUGAACACGCGCAGGAAUCGCGCCUCUGACGCACACCCUGCGCGCCCACAAUACGCCGCAUAAUGGCCAACAGUCGCCAGGACACGGAAAAGAUGAUGGGAGGAGCGGGAGCGGCACCUACUGCAAUCAGCUGCAAUAGCAGCCACGAGGGUAGCCUAUCGCCGGGCAGCGGUAGCGCCACUUUGAUGCGCCACUCGCCGGACAUCAACCAGCAGCAGCAGCAGCAUCCCUAUGGCAAGUAAGGACUCCCUCUCGCCUGUAGCUAUUAAGUGAGAUACAGCCGCAUCCUUUCGGGCAGUCGAGGGUGGUCGGGGGUCAGUGUCCGAUACGGAUAUUAAUCUUUAAACAAGUGCGAAAGCGCAUUACACAAUAAAUUUCACUAACACUAUAUUUAUGCGUAUGUUCGUGCAUGCGUGUGUGUGUGUGUUUAAAGGCCGCUGUGUAAUCAUUUGGCAAAUUCUUUUAGCCUGUCAGCAAAAGGCAAUGUCGGGCGUAUAAAUUAUUGCAUUACUGUUAACAUUUGGUGACCCGCAAGCAGGGUGGGCGAGUGAAUGGGUAGGAGAAGAAAAAAACCAUAAAUAUAUUCAAAAAAUGUAUGCUCUCAUCUGUGUACGGAUAUGACACAUACUUCUCGUACAGUUACAUACAUAUGCAUAUACAUAUAUGUAUAUAUAUACACGUAUAGGCCAUACACAUAGUGCAAUGCAAUUCAUUGCAUUCAAAUGACUGAUUAAUAUUUUUUUUUAGUAAUAAACAAUAAGAACACAAAUAUGCCAUGCCCCCCACACACACACACACAAAACUCUCUCAAUACCUAACAGAAAAAAAAUAUAUAAAAUAUGGAAAAUGGGACACGCGAUAUUAAGUGGCUCAAAACGGAGGGAUUUUCAUUCAUAUUUUUGUUGUUGUUUUUCUUUUCAUUGCGGGAUUUGUAGUCGCAUAUUUGUUUAUAAUUAAAUUACAGAAAACACACACACAACAAAAAACUAAUGAAAACAAGACGAAGUGUCGAAGGGAGGUGGCGGCGAGGGGUCCUACAUAAAUAUUGUAAUAAAUUAAUUAGCGCUAAAUAAAGAAAAUAGUUUAAGCCCAUCGUUUGAAUCCAUGAAUGCAAAAAACGAUUAAAAAAUAUCCCACGAAUGGCCCAGACAGCAGAAUUUUAAUUAAAUUUAUUUUAAUUGAAUUUGAAACUGUUUGAUUUGAUUUGAGAGAGCAGCAUGAAAAAAUGAGGAUGAUUUUGCACACAGAUUUAUGUUAUGUAUGGUUCUUUUUCUCCAUAUUCCACAAUUCGAUAGGGCAUUCGGGGCAAUCCCUUUGUAUCCUCUUCUUCGUCACUGCGGUCACUACAUAGGAGGGAGAGAAGGCUCUGGUAAGAAAAGGAGAGGCGAUCGUUUUUAUUUGUGGCUGAGCGAAAUUAAGAAAGAUAUAUAUAAAGUCUCUUAACCAAGAUUGAAUCUUCUUUUUCUUAGCCUUAAAUUAAAUUUGUAUUUUAUUUGAUUUUAUUUAAUUUAAAUUGAUUUUAGCAGCGAUUAAUGCGAUUUUGCACAGAGAAUUUUUUUAAUAUAUAAUCCCAAACUUCCCCAGAGUGGCAGGAGAGUCAGGAGGAGCAGGAGCAAAAGUAGGUACCAACUAUUAGGAUUAGGUUUAGGUUUAAGUUCAGGCUAAAAGAUAGAUAAUGUUUAAAUUGUAGGGAAAAAUCAAGCGUACAACAAGAGUCGCAUACUUCCGAGAGCAUCCGAAAAGGAGACGUCGUAGCCAUAGCCAUAGCUUAGCCAUAGCCAUUAGCCGUAAUGUCGUAUUACUAGUGUAAGUGUAUAAAAAUCAACGCUUAUUGUAGCUGCAUUUUUUUUUAUGUGGAAAAAGGCAAAAUACAGAGAUACUACCAUUAAAUGAAAAAAACAAAAUAAAUGAUCAAGUCAUAUCAAAAGACAUUAAAAAUGGUACUAAGUUUAUCCAAAAAAAUUUAAAAAAAUACACAACAAAAACAACUAAAAAAACUAACAUAUAUAAACAGUAAAAAAAUAACUAAUAACUGAUGUAAAAUAUUUAUGAAUUUAUAAUGUUGUUAGCUCAAAUUUACUUAUGUAUGUACAUAUGUAUGUUUGCAUGUAUGUGUGUGUGUGGUGGAGAACCAUCUUCAGUCGAGAUGGUAUGCCGUUUUCUUAUGUAUUUCUGGAUAUUUUUCGGGUUGCAUAAAUCUUUUAUGAGCCAAAAAAAAAAAACAAAACACGAGAGAAGAGACGAACGUUGCAGGUGAAUUGCAUUUAAACUCGAAUUUUAGUUAUUUAAUCAAACAAACAAAAUCAAAAAACUGAAAUCAAACAAGGCCGCUAAAGUGCAUAAAUAAAUAUCCAAUAGCAAAAUGCAAAGGAAAGCACUCUACCAAGAGAUAUAUAUAUGUAUGUAUAGUAUAUAUAUAUGCCAGAGUAAAUACCUAUAAAUAUAAAUGGUGAAAACUGUGUCUAAGCAAAUAAAAGCCAUAGAAAUGGAGUACGAAUCAAAUCAGAUAAUAAAUCCAAUCCCAAAAAACUAAAAAAAAAACAAAGCCAAAAACCCAACCCAAACCCAAUCGACACGAAUUUGACUAUUGAAAAAGAUAUUAAGGUAUCAAAAAUAAAAA